AUGGCCUUUCAAUACCUCCUGGAUCAAGUUGGAGGCCUGGGGAGAUACCAGAUCCUUCAGAUGAUUUUCCUUUGUAUCUCCAACCUCAUAGUAUGCCCUCAUAUGCUAUUGGAGAACUUCACCGCAGCCAUCCCUGGUCACCGCUGCUGGGUCCACAACCUCGACAAUGACACUGUCUCUUCUAUUGGCACUGGGAACCUCAGCCACAAUGCUUUCCUGAGAAUCUCCAUCCCACUGGAUUCAAACCUAAGGCCAGAGAAGUGUCGUCGCUUCCUCCACCCCCAGUGGCAACUCCUUAACCUGAAUGAGACUUUCUCUAACCUGAGUGAGUCAGACACAGAGCCUUGUGUGAAUGGCUGGGUGUAUGACCAAAGUUCCUUCUCCUCCACCAUCGUAUCUGAGUGGGACCUGGUAUGCGAAUUUCAGUCACUGAUCUCAGUGUCUAAAUUCUUAUUCAUGGCUGGAAUGCUGGUGGGAAGCAUCAUUUAUGGCCAUUUAUCAGACAGGUUUGGGAGGAGGUUAAUGCUCAGAUGGUGUUUGCUCCAGUUUGCCAUUGUUGGCACCUGUGCAGCCUUUGCUCCCACCUUCCUCGUUUACUGCUCACUGCGCUUCUUGGCUGGCCUUUCUGUCAUGACCAUCUUGUCAAACAGCACUAUGCUCAUUGUUGAAUGGACACCACGCCAAUUCCAAGCCAUGGGAAUGACACUGGUAAUCUGUGCAAAUAGUAUCGGACAGAUGAUAUCAGGAGGUGUGGCUUUUGCUAUUCGAGACUGGCGCACCCUCCAGCUGGUGUUUUCUGCACCGGUAUUUGCCAUCUUUCUGUCUUCAAGAUGGCUGAUGGAGUCAGCUCGGUGGCUGAUUAUCACCAACAAACCUGAAGAGGGCUUAAAAGAACUCAGAAAAGCUGCACACAGAAAUGGAAAGAAGAAUGCUGGAGACAACCUAACCCUGGAGGUUUUGAUGUACACCAUGCAGGAGGAGCUGGAGACAGCACAGAACAAACGUUCUCUGUUCGACUUGUUCCGCACACCCAAUCUGCGCAAAAGGAUCUUUUUACUGUCCUUCGUGAGGUUUGCAAUCUUCAUUUCCUUAUUUGGCCUUAGUCUCCACCUGCAGCACUUGGGGAAAAAUAUUUUCCUGUUCCAGGUUCUUUUUGGUGUAGUCAAAAUUCCAAGCAAUUAUGUUGCACUUUUGGCACUGAAUCACCUUGGCCGUCGAGUCAGCCAGAUGCUUUUCCUGUUCCUGCUGGGAAUCUCCAUCCUGGCCAUCAUAUUUAUGCCCCAAGAAAUGCAGGCCCUGCGUGUGCUUUUGGCAACUUUGGGAACAGGAUUUUCUUCUGCCACUCUCACCAGUUCUGUUACCCAUGGAAGUGAACUAUUCCCCACUGUAAUCAGAGCAGUAGCUUUAGGGAUCGCUGGAACUGCUGCUAAUGUAGGGGCAGCCCUGGCUCCCCUCUUGAUGAUCUUAACGGUGUAUUCCCCACACCUGCCGUGGAUCAUGUAUGGAGUCUUCCCCAUCGUCGCUGGAUUUGUUGUCCAACUCCUUCCUGAAACCAGGAAUCAGCCUCUGCCUGACUCCAUCCAGGAUGUGGAAAAUAAGAGAAAAGUCUCAAGAAAAGCAAAGCGGGAAGAUACGUCCACGAAAGUUACACAGUUUUAAGGAAUUCCAGGAAAUAACAGCUGAUUGAAGAGUAAAAUAAAG